UUCCGUCCACCACCUGAUCGCUGCAUUAUAAAUCCAAACAGCUGAUCAGAGAGUCUUCAGAAAUUCAGGACCUUCCACAGCGGCUGCGGCAGAGCCUGGGAGCUGUCCAGCGCUGACAAGAAGCCGCCAGCCCCGAGCGGAACAAUAAGAAUUGCGGCACACGGCGCAGGAGGGGACGCCGGGAACCCAAGCUGGGAGCCGCUCCCGAGCGCCGGGAGCUGUCCAGUGCUGAACUCGCGGGCGAUGUCUGAGGACCCAGCUCUGGGCUGGUGACCCUGGACCUCAGGGUGGGCUUUGGAACCGCGCUGGAGGGCGACGGGAAGGGCCUGGGCAGCCAACCGCCUCCCCUGCCGCACAAAAGCCGCUGGAACAAGGACUGAUUGCACCAGGCGGGGUCCGGGGCUGGGGACUGCACGUCGGAGCCCAGCCUACAGCAAGCCACAAAGCCAUAGCGCCCAGGAGCCCUUUUCUAACUGUCCUUUUUUUAAAGCUUUUUUUGGGGGGGUCCAUUUCUUCCCCCCUCUAAUCGCUGACCCAGCAACCAUCGGCCAGCUGCCGCGUGUCUCCCGUUUCGGCCGCGGGUAGAAACCAUGCCAAGAUCUUUCCUGGUCAAAAAGGUCAAACUCGAUGAUUUCUCUUCGGCGGAUCUAGAGAACUCGUACGGCAGAUCUCGGGCAGACUUCAGCUCGCGGCUCCAUGACAAGGGGUACAUCCGUGACUACAUCACCCCGUCGGUCUAUGAAGGCGAAAGCGAAAGCGCCAUCAAGGUGCCCUCGCCUGACCCGAUCUACCCGGGGGCGCACGGGGACUAUGGCGCGCCGGACUCGGACCAGCCCGACAGCCCGCACUCGGAGAUCGCGGCCGGCUACAUCAACGGGGACGCGGCGGUGAGCGAGGGCUACGCGGUGGACGCCUUCUUCAUCACGGACGGGCGGUCGCGGCGCAAGGUGGUGAACGGGGCGCGCAGCCUGCAGCGGCACCGGUGCAGCGAGUGCGGCAAGACCUACGCCACCUCCUCCAACCUCAGCCGGCACAAGCAGACGCACCGCAGCCUGGACAGCAAGAUGGCCAAGAAGUGCCCGACCUGCGGCAAGGUCUACGUCUCCAUGCCGGCCAUGGCCAUGCACCUGCUCACCCACGACCUCAAGCACAAGUGCGACAUCUGCGGCAAGGCCUUCAGCCGGCCCUGGCUGCUGCAGGGCCACAUGCGCUCGCACACGGGCGAGAAGCCCUUCGGCUGCGCGCACUGCGGCAAGGCCUUCGCCGACCGCUCCAACCUGCGCGCCCACAUGCAGACCCACUCGGCCUUCAAGCACUUCAAGUGCAAACGCUGCAGCAAGACCUUCGCCCUCAAGUCCUAUCUCAACAAGCACUACGAGUCGGCCUGCUUCAAGGGGGCCGUCCCGCCGCUCAGCCCCAUCGAGACCUGACCGGGGGGCGUCCCCUGGCGGGGCCCCCUCCCCUCCGAGAGCCCCUCCCCUC